AUGUCUCGGGAGACGAAUGUGGAGGGUCAGCAGUCUCAGGGCAGCGCCUCCUCGCAGCCCCAUGGCAGCAGUGCCUGUUCACAGACCCAAGGCAGCCUCAUCCAGUCCCAAGGCUGUUUCUCACAGCCCCAUGGCUCCUCCUCACAGUCCCAGGGCAUAUCCAGCUCCUCCACCAGCACAGCGGCCACCUCCAGUCAGUCCUCUCACUCCAGCUCUGGGACACUGAGCUCCUUAGAGACAGUGUCCACUCAGGAACUCUGUUCUAUUCCUGAGGACCAAGAACCCGAGGAUCAAGAACCUGAGGAGCCUGUCCCUGCUCCUUGGGCUCGAUUGUGGGCCCUUCAGGAUGGAUUCUCCAAUCUUGAGACAAGGUCUGGCUGUGUUGCCCAGGCUGGUCUUGAACUCCUGGGAUCAAGCAAUCCUCACCCCUCUGCCUUCCAAAGUCCUGGGAUUGCAGGUGUGAGCCACUGUGCCCAGCCUGCCUUGGCCUCUUUGAAGUGUGUUAAUGAUAACUACUGGUUUGGGAGGGACAAAAGCUGUGACUACUGCUUUGAUGAACCACUACUAAAAAAAACAGAUAAAUACCGAACAUAUAGCAAGAAACACUUUCGAAUCUUCAGGGAAAUGGGUCCUAAAAGCUCCUACAUUGCAUACAUAGAGGAUCACAGUGGGAAUGGAACCUUUGUAAAUACGGAGCUUGUAGGGAAAGGAAAACGCCGUCCCUUGAAUAACAACUCUGAAAUUGCACUUUCACUAUGCAGAAAUAAAGUUUUUGUAUUUUUUGAUCUGACUGUAGAUGAUCAGUCAAUUUAUCCUAAGGAAUUACGAGAUGAAUACAUCAUGUCAAAAACCAUUGGAAGUGGUGCCUGUGGAGAGGUAAAGCUGGCCUUUGAGAGGAAAACAUGUAAGAAAGUAGCCAUAAAAAUCAUCAGCAAAAGGAGGUUUGCUAUUGGCUCAGGGAGAGAGGCAGAUCCGGCUCUCAAUGUAGAAACUGAAAUAGAAAUUUUGAAAAAACUUAAUCAUCCUUGCAUCAUCAAGAUUAAAAACUUUUUUGAUGCAGAAGAUUAUUAUAUUGUUUUGGAAUUGAUGGAAGGAGGAGAGCUAUUUGACAAGGUAGUGGGAAAUAAACGCCUGAAAGAAGCUACCUGCAAACUCUACUUUUACCAGAUGCUCUUGGCUGUACAGUACCUUCAUGAAAAUGGCAUUAUACAUCGGGAUUUAAAGCCAGAGAAUGUUUUACUAUCAUCUCAAGAAGAGGACUGUCUUAUAAAGAUUACUGAUUUCGGGCAUUCUAAAAUUUUGGGGGAGACCUCUCUCAUGAGAACCUUAUGUGGUACCCCCACUUACUUGGCUCCUGAGGUUCUUGCUUCCAUCGGGACUUCUGGGUAUAACCGUGCUGUGGACUGCUGGAGUUUAGGAGUUAUUCUUUUUAUCUGCCUUAGUGGGUAUCCACCUUUCUCUGAACAUAAGACUCAAGUGUCACUGAAGGAUCAGAUCACAAGUGGAAAGUACAACUUCAUUCCUGAAGUCUGGGCAGAGGUAUCAGAGAAGGCUCUAGAUCUUGUCAAGAAGUUGUUGGUAGUGGAUCCAAAGGCACGUUUUACAACAGAAGAAGCCUUAAGGCACCCGUGGCUUCAGGAUGAAGACAUGAAGAAAAAAUUUCAGGAUCUGCUGUCUGAGGAAAAUAAAUCUAUGGCUCUAACCCAGUUUCCAGCCCAGCCUUCCACUAGUCGAAAGCGACCCCGUGAAGGGGAAGCAGAGGAUGCCGAGAACACAAAGCGUCCAGCUGUGUGUGCUGCUGUGUUGUGAACACUGUGGUUUGGACAUGAAAGAAAUGUACCUUCUUUCACUCUGCUGUCAUCUUUCUUUUCUUUUAAGUCUGUUUUUUAUAGUUGGUAUUUUAAUUAUGGGAAUAAUUGCUUUUCUACAAUCAUUGAUGUACAAUUAAAAACCUGAUGGAACUUGG